CUAACUGCAGCACUAUACGCAGUGUCGUGCACACCAUUGGACGCGCCCCUAGUGAUUUUAAGCACCAAUAGCAUAUUACUAAACAUGAUGAUUAGGAAGACACCAACCUGGGAAGACCACGGGUGGAUUGACGUCGAUUUAGCAAACCAUAUAAGAGCGCUACUAAAUCGGCUCAGACAGAGAUGCGCAAGCACAUCUCUGGGGCAAAUAGUGCGACAAGACGAAUGGAAGAAGCUAGAGAAGGCGCGACAGACUGUCUCCUCCAUCAGACCACACACCCUUCCGGCGGCCCCCCCUCCAUCGCUGACCCGGGACCCUCGUUUCGACAUAACCGGAGCGAAGCUCCAGUCCCUGACGCAAGCUUUAGCAUAUAAAGGCAUCAUAGCAUGGAAGAACACACCUCAGCGACGAACUACAACAAGAAACCUCGAGUCAAUCCGCAGGACGGCACAAAAUGAUAGUACAGACCCUAUAUCAAAUAAAUCGAUUUGGCUAAGCACGAGGCACAAGGAUUUCAGCCGAUCCUUCGCAACUUUCCUAUGGAAAUACGUCCAUGGAGCCCUAAAAUGUGGCGACUACUGGAAGAAAAUCCCCGAAUUUGAACACAGAGCUCUGUGCAGUUUCUGCGGAGAAACUGAGUCGAUCGCACAUAUAUUUUUUGAAUGUCCAGCAACAGGCCAAGAGGAAAUUUGGCAACUCACCGCCUCUCUAUGGCGAAGAAAAGGACUGCCUUGGCCGUCGCUAACAGAGCACGACAUACACGCCCUAGGACUCAAAUCUUGGCUGAACGAAAAGUGUAAGAUUCGGACAGGUGCAACACGGCUAUGGAGAAUAUUGAUAUCCGAAGCAACACACCUAAUAUGGAAAUUACGUUGCGACAGGGUCAUCGGCCAUUCUGAAGACGAUGGAUGGGAACACAGUGUCCCACAUGUACGGAGCAGAUUCGUGUACACAAUAAACAGCCGCUUGGCCACGGAUGUCGAAGCUACACGAAAGCGCUACGGGAAUAAGGCGUUAAAACCGGAACUGGUCCUAGCCACGUGGAAUGCUAUCAUAUAUGACGAAUUAGCACUUCCAGAGGACUGG